AUGGAAAUGUUCCCAGAUCCGGGGACAGCUGUCCGGGGGUGUCGAUUCACCAGUCGACUACCGACAAAGCAUGUGGUUCGUCCACUAAUGGAUAUGGCAAUGUUGCGCCACUGCACUGUCACACAAUUGCUGCAAGACGUCGACCCCGUGGUUGUAGAUAGAGUAGUAUAUAUAUAUGGGAGGAUGUUUAUUGGUGGUGGGUGGGUGGGUGGAGAGCACCAGGGUGGUGAAGUCGUCAUGGAUAUUACCGCUCUGGUACCUUGGACCGCCAAAUGCACGACCCGCGAACUUUUGACGACUGCUGAGAAGACUGCGUUAACAACACAAUCAAGUCAACCACCCACACCAAUGGCGUCCAACUACACCUGCACAGCUUGCUCUAGGGCAUUGGCCAGAUCUUCCUCUCUUGUUCUCCAGCGUUCACACAAAACUUCCUUGCGCCGCGCACAGCGAACUUUCUCCACCGCCACACCCAGCCUCUAUCAUGCGUCACAGACACUGUCGGCAGAUGUCAGACCCGAAGCGGUCAAGAAGCCGCAGCCUGCAACCAAGGGCGGCAUGAAUAGCCUGGCUCAGAAGCUGCGUGCAAAGGCGCCGUUACUGACAGAGACGUAUGUCGCAUACGGUGCAACGCGCGAUCUGAUCAAAGAGUGCACCAGGCCAGGCGAAUACAAAAUACCACAAGCCCUUGUCAAAAACGGAGAGAUACCUGUAGACGAGAAUGGCACGCACAUAGGAGAGGCAGAAGGCUGGUGGUACGACACACUCGGUCUGAAACCAACCUUUUCAAAUUGGUCACAGAUCACCUUCCUCCACAUGUACAUGUUCCAGGUUCGCUUUCGCAUGUUCCCACAAUCGCAUGCGUCGGUGUGGAUCCAGCAUCUUACCAACCAAGCGUUUUACGCCGCUGAAGAUCGCCUCGUAGUCUGGCACAAGUUCAAUGCCAACUCACUCCGUCAAAAGCAGUUGAAAGACAUGUUUUCCCAAUGGCGCGCGGUGCUGUUGGCGUAUGAUGAAGGUCUCGUCAAGGGAGAUGCGGUGCUCGCAGCAGCCAUCUGGCGGAAUCUGCUAGCUGCUAGGGAGGAUGUCGAUUUCGAGAAGCUUGCCCAAAUUGUUGGCUAUAUGAGGAGAGAGAUCCAGAGACUGGACAAGGCAACAGAUGACGAGGUAGCAGUCGGAACUUGGAAGUUUCAAGGAGAUCCGGGAGAUGAGGCCAGCACAGUCAAGCAACCGAGCAAGCUUAUGACGAGUACGAGCGUCAAGGCAUAG